AUGGCUUCAGCUGGCGUAGAUCUUUUGAUCGGCAAAAUAGGUUCAUUUCUUGAAAGCAGAGUUCCUCUGUUAGGAGGAGUUGGUGAUGAACUUGAGCAUCUCAGGAGUGAGUUGCUCACCAUGAAAGCCUUCUUGGAAGAUGCCGAAAGAAACGGAGCUCUCAGUGAAAUUGAGGAAACCUGGGUGGCAAAUGUGAGGGACCUGUCCAUCGAUGUUGAAGACAUCAUUGACGAGUUCAAAUAUCACGAAAAUGAACAGAGAAGUUGUGAUCCAUACACAAGAGCCUUUCGUCAAACUAUUUUCUUACCGUUGAACCUUUGGGAAAGGCAUCGGAUCACCACCAAAUUGCAGAAGCUCAUCAUCAAAACAAUCAGAGCCAUUCCGGAAAGAAACCAACCUUAUGGUGUUGAUCGUAUAGAUGGCAUGACUAAUUCCCAUGUUUACGAUCCCAAUCGAGUCGAAAUCUUCGGUGAGUUAUCUCUUUUCUUUAAAGAUGAUGAACUUGUCGGAAUCGAAGAUGCUAAAGAGAAGUUAGUUGGAUGGUUGCUGUCUGGAGAGCCUCAAAGGACUGUAAUUUCUGUGGUUGGUAUGGGGGGUUCUGGCAAGACCACCUUAGUUGCAAACACCUUCAACACUCAAACUGUCAAGUUUGAUUGCUAUGCUUGGAUCACUGUCUCAAAAACUUACAACAUUGAAGAUCUUUUAAGGGUCUUGAUAACAGAACUUUUUACAUCAGCAAGGGAAGAUGUUCCUCAAGACUUGAGCAAUAUGAGCUACACACAAAUGGUGGAAAUUCUGGUCAACUAUUUGCAGCCAAAGAGGUAUGUGAUUGUGCUAGAUGAUGUGUGGGAUAUUAAUCUUUGGAGGCAAAUACAUGUAGCAGUUCCAGAUGGAGCACAUGGAAGCCGGAUCAUGCUCACAACUCGGAGAGAAGACAUCGCUUCUUUCUCAUUUGGGGCUGGAUGUCAUGUUCAUCACGUUCAGCCUCUUAAUGAGAAUGAGGCUUGGGAUCUCUUUCCAGGAAAGCUUUCUCUAGCCGGCCUGAUAAUUGUUGCCCACCAGAGCUUGAACCCGUUGCUAGGGAUCUUGUUGGAAAAUGCCAAGGCUUACCUCUGGGAAUAG